GGCUGGAGACAAAAUGGCGCCCGGACGGUGCCGGAGCUGAGGCCGCUUCGCGCCUCUCCCAGCCGGGCCCCGGGCGGCGGCAGCGGCGCGGGGCUCAUGUAAUCAAAGGAGUUUCUUUGUUGUGUGUAUCUUUUCAGAACACAACAGGAAUUCAAAAUGAAUCAGAACACAACUGAAUCUACUGUCACUGUGGAGACCUUGGAUGAUGUACCUGAGCAUGUGCUUAGGGGGCUUCCUGAGGACGUGAGGCUCUUCCCAUCUGCUGUUGACAAGACACGGCUAGGUGUCUGGGCAACAAAGUCAAUUUUAAAAGGCAAGAAGUUUGGACCAUUUAUUGGUGACAAGAAAAAAAGAUCUCAAGUCAAGAGCAAUGUAUACAUGUGGGAGGUGUAUUACCCAAACUUGGGAUGGAUGUGUGUUGAUGCUACUGAUCCUGAGAAAGGGAACUGGCUACGGUAUAUAAACUGGGCACGUUCAGGAAAGGAGCAAAACCUUUUUCCUCUGGAGAUCAACAGGACCAUAUACUACAAAAGUUUAAAGCCAAUCGCGCCCGGCGAGGAGCUGUUGGUGUGGUACAAUGGGGAGGACGACCCGGAGAUAGCCGCCGCUAUUGAGGAAGAACGAGCCAGCGCCCGGAGCCGGCGGCACUCCCCGAAAGCCAAGAAAGGAAAGAAGAAGUCUCAGGAAGGUAAGAACAAGGGAAAGAAGGCAGCUGAUACAAAACAGAAAAAGGCUGAUUUGGAUUCUACUUCUGCAGAUAUGAGGGAUUCUAAAGAGGGUCAUAAAGAGGAAGACGAAACACCUUCUGUUUCUGCUGUGCUGUCCCUGGAACAAACAGCUGUGAUUCAGGAAAUGGUAAAUCAAGAUGUACUUCCAAAGCUGAUGAUCCCCAGUCCUAGCAGUGAACCACAAAUGGUAACUGAAGACAAACCAGGAGAAGCAAUAAACUGUGCAUCAGAUGACUUUGAUGAUGAUGAAGAGGAGGAUGAUGAAGAAGAGGAAGAUGAAGAGGAGAUAGAAGAUACCAGUAUGCCUAAAGAAAAUGCUGAACUGCCUUUGAUGUGUGAAGAAAAGUUAGACUCAAUGGAAGAGCAAAAGAGUACAUCAGAAGAAUCUCCAGAGAGCUCUCCAAAGAAAAAACUUGUUGUGAAAAUUCCAAAAGCGAGAGGUGAAUCAAAUGGUGAUGUUCAGGAAACAUUCAUGUUUCCCUGUCAGCAUUGUGAGAGGAAGUUUACAACAAAGCAAGGACUUGAACGCCACAUGCACAUCCAUAUAUCUACUGUUAACCAUGCUUUCAAGUGUCGAUACUGUGGGAAAGCCUUUGGUACUCAGAUUAACAGGAGAAGACAUGAGCGACGCCAUGAGGCAGGGCCAAAAAGGAAACCGUUCUUAACACUAACAUCAUCACAUCACUUGGAUAAUGUUGCUGAUAACCAAGUAAUUGUGGAUGAUGGUCUUAAAGAUGACCUGAAUGUUUCCAGUCUUGUGCAAGACUCUGUUGUCUUGGAUUCUGAGAAAGUUUCCCAGGAAAUGUCAAACUCUGCUUUUGCUGAGGAAAAUAAGGAGCCCAAAGAAUUGCAUCCAUGCAAAUACUGCAAAAAGGUUUUUGGAACUCACACCAACAUGCGGAGGCAUCAGCGUAGGGUUCAUGAGCGUCAUCUUAUUCCCAAAGGUGUCAGAAGAAAAGGAUUCUUUACUGAAGAACCACCGCUUCAGACAGAGCAGGCCCCACCAGUCCAGAGUGUGUAUAUAGCAAGUACAGAAAUAGAAGAGGAAGGUGAAGUAGAUGAUGUCUAUAUUAUGGAUAUUUCCAGCAAUAUCUCUGAGAAUUUAAAUUAUUACAUUGAUGGUAAAAUUCAGUCCAACAGCAGCACUAGCAAUUGUGAUGUGAUUCAGAUGGAGUCCAACUCUGCAGAUUUAUAUGGACUAAAUUGUAUAAUCAGUCCAGUCACAGUGGAAAUUUCCUCAAAUUUAAAGGUUACACAAACACAUGUGAAUGAACCUCUGAAGGAGCCCUCUAGCAGUGGGAACAAUGAAUCCAAAAAGAGGAGAACUGCCAGCCCUCCUCUUGUACCAAAAAUAAAAACUGAAGUAGACCCAGAACCUAUAACUCCUACUAGUUCUUUAAAUCUUCCUAUUAGCAUUUCAACAGAAAGCUUACCUUUUCAUAAAGAAAAAGGUGUUUAUUUGUCAUCAAAAUUAAAACAGCUUCUUCAGACACAGGACAGUAAGAAGAUAACUCCGUCAAGUGAAAUUCCAAAACUAGGACCUUCUGUUACAUCAUCGCCUAUCUUGCCUCCAGUAUCCAGUAGAUUUAAAAGAAGGACCAGCUCUCCUCCCAGUUCUCCACAGCACAGUCCAGUACUUCGAGACUUUGUCAAAUCAGGUGAGGGAAAAACUGUGUGGAAUGAUAAUAUUCGGAGUUCAAAAAUGCCAAAGUUGGAAAGCCACAGCAACUCACCUGCUUGGAGCUUGACUGGAAGGGAGGAAAAAGAGACGUUGAGCCCUCUUUGCUUUGAAGACUAUAAAGCAUCAAAAGACUGGACAGCAGCUCCAACUUUUGGCAAUGUGUGCAACCAGCAGCCACUGGAUUUAUCUAGUGGUGUGAAACAAAGGUCUGAUGUCAAAAAUAAGAAUCAGGUUCCCUGGGAGUCUGUUUUAGACUUAAGCGUGCAUAAGAAGCCAUGCAGUGAUGCUGAAAUUAGGGAAUAUAAAGAAAAUUCCAUACAGCCAACCUGCAGUGGUGUUAAAAAGAAGAAACCAACCACUUGCAUGUUACAGAAGGUUCUGCUGAACGAGUACAAUGGAACGGAUGCAGCCACAGACAGCACACUCGGUGUAAACAGGAGUGCGAGCCCAAGCAAAUCCCUGGAGCCUCAGGCAGAACCUGACACGGAUCCCAGUCUCUCUGCAUCCUCCUCUGUUGACACUCAGCCCCUCAGUUCCUCUGUUUCCCCUGUGCCACAGGCACCCGCUGUACCUUCCAUGUGCCAGCUGCCUCCUUUGCUGACACCAACCAAUCCUCCUUCCCCACCCCCCUGCCCGCCUGUGUUAACAGUUGCUACAUCACCUCCUCCUCUUCUUCCAACAAUGCCGUUAUCAAUUCCAGAUGUCUCUGCCAGUGCCACUAACACUUCUUCUUGUCCAUCGCCGCUUUCUAACACUACUACGCAGUCCCCGCUACCAGUUCUUUCACCUACAGUUUCUCCUUCUCCAUCUCCCGUUCCUUCUGUUGAACCUCUUAUUUCUGCUGCUUCACCUGGUCCUCCUACACUCUCUUCCUCAUCUUCUUCCUCCUCCUCCUCUUUCUCCUCUUCUUCAUCUUCUUCAUCUCCAUCUCCACCUCCUCUUUCUGUAGUUUCUUCAGUUGUUUCCUCUGCUGAUAAUCUUGAAAAUACUCUCCCAAUAAUAAAACAGGAAGAAGCUGAAAGUGAACAACAGAAAGCAAGAGAAGAUCCUCAUACUUCAAGUGAAUCAGGAGUAGUGCAGGAAACAUUCAAUAAAAGCUUUGUGUGCAAUGUCUGUGAAUCACCUUUUCUUUCCAUUAAAGACCUAACAAAGCAUUUAUCCAUUCAUGCUGAAGAAUGGCCCUUCAAAUGUGAAUUCUGUGUACAGCUUUUUAGGGAUAAAACAGACUUGUCAGAACAUCGCUUUCUGCUUCAUGGAGUAGGAAAUAUCUUUGUUUGCUCGGUCUGUAAAAAGGAAUUUGCUUUUUUGUGCAAUUUGCAACAGCAUCAGCGAGAUCUCCAUCCAGACAAAGAGUGCACACAUCAUGAGUUUGAAAGUGGGACUUUGAGACCCCAGAAUUUUACUGACCCCAGUAAGGCAAAUGUGGAGCACAUGCAGAGCCUGCCAGAAGAUUCUUUGGAACCUUCUAAAGAGGAGGACGAUGAAGAUCUAAAUGAUUCCUCCGAAGAGCUUUAUACUACUAUAAAAAUCAUGGCUUCUGGAGUAAAAUCUAAAGAUCCAGAUGUUCGUAUGGGCCUCAAUCAACACUACCCAAGCUUUAAACCGCCUCCAUUUCAGUAUCACCAUCGUAAUCCUAUGGGUAUUGGAGUUACUGCAACAAAUUUCACUACCCACAAUAUUCCACAGACUUUUACUACUGCCAUUCGAUGCACAAAAUGUGGGAAAAGUGUUGAUAACAUGCCUGAGUUACACAAACACAUACUGGCCUGUGCAUCUGCCAGUGACAAAAAGAGAUACACACCUAAAAAAAAUCCAGUACCACUGAAACAGACAGUGCAGCCUAAGAAUGGUAUGGUGGUUAUAGCUGGCCCUGGAAAGAAUGCCUUCAGACGGAUGGGUCAGCCUAAAAGACUUAAUUUCAAUGUUGAGAUUAGCAAAAUGUCCUCAAAUAAACUGAAAAUAAGUGCAUUGAAAAAGAAAAACCAGCUUGUCCAGAAAGCAAUCUUGCAAAAAAAGAAAUCUGCCCAGCAGAAGGCAGAAUUGAAAAAUAAUCCAUCCGAAUCAGACUCUCACAUCUGCCCCUACUGUAGUAGAGAGUUUACUUAUAUCGGAAGUUUGAACAAACAUGCGUCGUAUAGCUGUCCCAAAAAACCCAUCUCCCCCUCCUCUAAAAAGAAUUCUUCCAAAAAAAGUGCAAGUUCUUCUCCACCUGCAAGCAGUGAAAAAGGCAGCAACCAGCGUAGGCGAACAGCAGAUGCAGAAAUCAAAAUGCAAAGCAUGCAGCCUCACUUGGGCAAGACAAGAGCACGAACCUCAGGACCUACACAAAUCCAACUUCCCUCUGCAUCCUUCAAAUCAAAACAAAACGUUAAAUUUGUACCUCCCAUUCGAUCUAAAAAGCCAAAUUCAUCUUCGUCAUUGAGGAACUCUAGUCCUGUAAGGGUGUCUAGAAUGUCCCAUGUUGAUGGGAAAAAAACUAAGGUGGUCGCUAAGAACAGUUCCUCUGGAAUGUCAGGCAAAGCAUCCCGGAAAUUGCACGUCAGAAUACAAAGGAAUAAUAAAGCUGUUUUGCCAAGUAAGUCUGCUGUGGCAAGUAAGAAAAAGGCAGACAGAUUCACUGUAAAAUCUAGAGAGAGGAUUGGAGGACCUAUUACACGAAGCCUACAGCAGGCGGCAAAUGCAGAGGCAGCAGAAAACAAAAGAGAUGAAAGCAGUACAAAGCAAGAACUAAAAGAUUUCAGCUACAGACUCCGCGUGGCCUCUAGAUGUCCCUCCUCUUCUUCGCAUAACGCCAGCACCCGGCAGUGCAAGAAAUCCAACUGCACCUCAUCCCACUUCUUCAAGGAAUAGACUUCUGCAUGUCCAACCAAACCAGGUACUAGGAACUGUUGACUGGAAAAGGUGAGGUGAAGUAAUCCUCAAGCAUUAUCCUCUCCUGCUUUUUCUCAGAUGAGAUGAGACCGGUUCCUCAGUUGAUAGCAGGGACAGCGGUUUCUUCUGCUGGAAGCAAUGGUGUGCCUCUGUCAUAUUGUCCUUCCUUCCAGAGGGAGAGGGAGAGAGCGCAGAGCAGGGCUCCUGCCUUCUCCAGAGAGUGAUGAACUGUGGAUGCUGGUGAGAGGGUGAUCUCAGGGUCCCCUGCCGCACGGAGUCUGUGCAUCAACAGCCAGUGGAAUAGUGUGGAGAAUUGUUCAGACAUUUGCAGGCAGAUUAACCAUGUUCAGAGGGUUGGUGGGUCUGGAUGAGUCUCCUCUUUCUGGUAGAACACAGAGGGGUUUAACAUACUAUGCAAUUAAAUUCUGAAAAGACUGUUACAUCAUUUUAGUUUCUACUUUACAUCCUAACGGGUAAAGAACUGGGAAUCCCACAAAAAUCCACUGAAGGGAGUGGUAGGUUUUGCUGAGGUUUCCACAUCUGAAGACUGUGGGUACCCCAGUCUCUUGACUUUGUACCAUUAGCUUUAACGGGUGUGACGCCAUUGCUUUCGCAGUGCGUCAGGACCCACGUUUGUUUGGAAGACCACCUGUUAAAUGAUCUCUGUGAAAUGCACUGAUAGCCCAGUUUCAUAAAGGGACAAGCAUCCAUUUCUCAAAAGCUGCCAUUACAUUUGUUGCCAGCCUGGUAGUCGUGUUGUAGUCAGGAGUUAUUUAUUCAGUGAGAGUAUCAAAUACGCAUAUUGCUGUGCAGUACCAAGCAACACUUUUCCUUAAAUACGGAGCUUGUGUUUGCGACCCUCAGUACAAGCAUGCUUAGUUUCAGUGGUCCUGUAGAGAGGGCAUCCACAAAGGUAGCUGGCAGCCAGCAAAGACAAGUUGCAGAAACAUACAGGUCAGUUGGUAAAAUGCAGUGCAGAAAGGUCUCUUACCUCUUGCAUCAAAACGGUGACAAUCACACACGGGUGCAUCAUCUGGCAGGGGCACUUCUCCAGGCCCUGCAGAUUUUACCUCCGAGAUGAAGGGUUCCUUCUGUCGAGACAAGCUUUUGCAGGAUCCCUGCUAAUGUAGCAUCCGGGUUUGGAAUUUUUCGAGGAGGCUCAGGGGGUUGAUCGCCCUAUUUCCCCCUUAUUUCAGUCAAUUUAUUGUCUUUGCACUCCACACAGAUAAGCACACAUCUGUGUAUGCACACGUUAGUUAAGAAAAAUCAAGUGCCCGGUUGAUACUCCUUACCACCACCCUGAAAAAGUCAAAAAAAGGAUCGAUUUUAUAUAUAUCUUCAUAUAUAUAUAUGACAUAUUUAUUAAUAUAUAUGUAUGAAAUAGCUGAAAACUUACUUUUUUUUAUAGUUUUAAUGAAAAUCAAAUUGUUCAAAAUGAAUACAAAAGCUUUAAACAAGAACCAUUGAUUUUGUUCAUCAUAAAAAUGUGUUAGCUACAUGUUGUUUGAGUUGGAAAGAAAAGGUCUUCAGGACCUUGUAUUAUCUAGCUACAGAUUUUUUGGAUAAACCCCUGUUGGAGGCUGUCUAAGUGCAAUUGUGGUUUGGGGGAAGGCUGAGAUGCUGGGAACUAGAUGAGCCAUAAGAAGAUACAUCCCCUCCCAUGUUGGAAGUGAUGCUUCCAGUCCGAGACUGUGAGACCACUGAGAUGCAGGCUCUGUGGGGAGAGCUUGUGCCAUUGCUGGCUCCUCUGCCUCUUUCCUAGAGAGGAGAGUCUCCAGGAUUUGUCCCCUCUUGAGCUUUUUGCUAGCAAUAAUUUCUUCUUGAAAUAUGUGAUGUACUAAUUCCAAACAAAGGAUGAAAUUUUUCAUAGCAGCGUUGGAAGACUGAAAUUCUCAUUAUUCACUAAAACUGGUCGGAAGUGAGUAUCCAUAUCUGCUAGGCAGCUUGGUAAAUCUUGGUCAAAUAGCACAGAAAUUAAGUUUCCUGGCCUUAUGUAUAUCUUAAAGAAGCUGGCGUGCAUGCAGCUCUGUAAUCAGUUUGGCUCACUUUAGUUUUGUGCAUUAUCUGUCUUUUUAUUUUCUCUCCACAUUUGCUCCUUCCUCUCAUCAUCUAGUAUUAGUAUGGUAAACCCUUUUCUUUCAAACAGGAAUUAUCUUCCUGUGUGUCUGGACAGCAUCUAGAUCAUUUGAAAAAUGAAUAGACAGUAUUCAUAAAACCCGGGUCCAAUAUACUCUGUCUUAAAGCACCAGUAUGAUAUGCCCUCGAUUUUCCCAGUGCAGCUUUGUUCGGCGGUUUGUCGACGAUCACGCUUACUGUAUAAAUUUUUCCUGGUCACUUGAGGAUUGUUGCUGAGGAAGAGCUUUCUUGCUGUGCAGCCCAAAUCCUGCUUUAAACAAUCAGUUCUUCUGAGACCCGCUCAGCUUCCAGCAGCAGUAAGUCAAAUUAAGUAGAGUUUCUGGCACGGAUGCUGCUGAAUUUAGUGCCUUUAAGGCAUACCAAUGAGGUUAUUAGAGGUCACUUUUGUGCAAUUUAUUUUUGCUGCUUUUUUAAGAGUGGUAUUAACUAUAAUAAUGGGCAAACUCAAGGAGAGAAAUGUGUAAAUUGUUGUGAUAUAUGAACAUUUUUCCCAGUGAAAUUCUGGUUUAUCACACAAGCCUGUAAAUAUGUAUUUACAAUUUUAAAAGCACGUCUUUAUGUCCCUGGUUGUAAAUGCUCCGUUUUUAAAGUUUUAUAACAUGUGUUACUCAACCAAGAGACCACAGCACACAGCUUUAUAUUGUACUGGUCUAUUUGAAGGAUCCAUUAUGGUCUAAGCUGUGGCGGAAAAAUAUCCACGCCACUGACAAGAAAUAACCCGUGGUUGCAGCAGACUUUUCAUCAUUUUCCCUCAGAUAACAAAUGCAGGUCUUUUGGGAGGGUGGGGGAGUUGAUUUUUCUUGCAGAAAAAAAAAAAAAGCAGUUCAAAAUGGUGUAAUUUCUCUAGAACGAUGAGGAUAUUUUAUUCACAGUAAAUUCAGGAAAGUAUGCCAUUUUUGUUUUAUUCAAGGCAGAAUUUCACAGUUUUGCAGCAAAUUUUUAACCUCCCCCGUGCCUGCUGAUGAAACGUGAAAUUUUGCCCUUGACUAAUAUCACAAGUUCUUGUGAAAAUUUGAGGAGAGGGUGGGGAAAAAGCUCAGGUUUUGCAUGUAGGAAUUUGCAAGGCUGACACCGGUAGCUCUGCAGUGCUCUCAUGACAGUGCUGAUACUGAGAAGUUUAUUAAAAAUAAACUGUGUGGAGAUGUGGUAUUACCUGGUUGAUGCUUGGGUUCUGAACAUUGCUCUGGAAGACUGAAAGCUCUGUUGUCUGUCCGCCAUGUAAAGAAAAAGAACAACAAUAAAUUAAUGUGACAAACCACA